AUGAAGCUUCUUCUCUUCACAGCAUUUGUAGCAACCAUCAGCUAUGUUAAUGCAGGCAAGACUGCGAGGCUGCUAGCAGCUAUAAAUGCUAUGAACGCUAUGAAUGCUAUGAACGGAGGAGCCUUAAAUGGAGGAAACCCUGGGAUGCUGCUCGGUGGUCUGAACCCACCUAUUGUAGCUGGUGGUGGAGCAGGUGUCGCUGGGCAGCCCCAGUUUGCUCAGUUUGUUCCUCGAAUUCCUGCUUUUGUUGUCCCGGCUCCCAUUGCCAAUUUCUACCCUGUCCCUGGAGUCAAUGCGGUUCCUUUCAUGGGAGUACCCCAAAUGGCACCAAUCAAUCCUCCUCCACAACCUCUGGUGGGGAACACAGGUGCUGCUGCACCACAGCAGCUUCCAGUUCAGCCUGAUCCAGUCUUAAGAUUCAGGCGUCAGAUUAUGAAAGCGGUAAACACCUUGAAGAGUACUGUGGAUACUCAGGUUGGUGGCAAACUAUAUCAGACCAGAUGGAAGAGGUUUAAAAGGGACACGGACAAGGUAAGGAGGCAGACUCAGAAAGAGAAAUCAGAACCAGAGAAACGGACAAGCUUUGCUCUGCCGGUCCAGAUUGGUAUUAUUGCGAGCAAUAGCAAUGAGAUCCUGAGACUGAAUGGAUUAGCUCUUGCAGCUCUGGGACAAACGCAGGGCUCGUCAAUAUUACCACAGUUUGUGCUGCAGCAACAGCCCGAGGUGUUGUUCACCCCACAGGUGGUGAACUUAAACCCUCAAGUGGCGGGUCCUUUUGGGCCCCAGGGACCCCAACUGCUGGUCCCCAACCAGGGCAACCAGCUGACACCUAUGCUUCUCCCCAAUGGCCAGCAAGAGCAGCUUGGACCUCCACAAGACCCCAACAAUCCUAAUGUUCCUCAGCAGGCCCAAAACCCUAUGCAGAUGUUUCCACAGUUUCAGUAUCCAUCUUAUGGAUAUCCUCAGCUUCGCAGGCAUCAGAGUUUCCCUUACUUUGUACCAGCUUAUGGCUAUCCCCAGCAGAGGAAUAAUGCAGUGCUGCAGCCCAACAAAGGCCAGCAGAACCUGGAGAGAACAACACAGAGACCACAGCUCCCUCUGCAGCAGGCUUCCAAGCCAAAGCUACAGACAGAGACAUGGCCACUGGGGUCAAAGAAAGAGCCUACCACAAUUCCUCCUGACCCUCGUGGUGACACAUCUGGCCCCGGAGUUGAUGAGGGCCAGGGUAACUUCCCAUUCCUGUUUGAGCCGUAGACGUCACAGCAACAAGAUCAUUAGGCAAAAAAUGAAUUACCUUUUAUUUGGUCACAGCCUGACUGAAACUUACUAGAAUUUUUUUCACUG